GAUGCACCCUGGAGGAGCUGAAUGCAGGACCACAGCUUCCUCCGUGCAAUCUCCAAACAGGAAAUCUGAGAUUCAUAACAUCGUAUAGUUUGGCUUGCCAUCACUGGUCAUGCGGUGGGCCCGAAAUAAACUCCCUGCUUCAAAGGAGAGUGUUUCAGAGCCGCCAGGCAGAGCAGCCAGACGCUCAGGGCCAGGGCAGAAGGAACACUCAGGGAGCAUGUGCUGAACUAAGACACUCUCAAGAAAAUCCUUUUGUCCCCCCUGAACGGCCCCCUUGUGUCACAGCCUAACAGGGUUUUCUGGUUUGCAGCUUCCUCCUCCCCACGAGUGUCUCCUCUGGAGGCCAGGGUGAGGGGGCAAGGGAUGGCCACAGAGAUCAGUGCUCCGGGCGCACAGCGCGCCAUUGGGAACGAGGAGUACAACCUGUACAGCAGCCUGAGCGAGGAUGAGCUGGUCCAGAUGGCCAUAGAGCAGAGCCUGGCUGACAAGCCGCGGGGCCCAACCACUGCUGAGGCCUCCGUGUCCACACGUGCCAACCGUGAACCUGCCCAUUUCUACCCAUGGACCAGGUCCACAGUGCCUCAGGAGCGCACAGCGGCCUCUGCCCACAUGGGCCUGUUCCAGGGGGUCAUGCAGAAAUACAACCGCAGCAAGACCUCCCAGCUGGCGCCCGUGGACCCUGUGCUGAAGGCCAUCAAGGAGGACGAUGAAGAGGCCUUGAAGGCUAUGAUCAAGGCGGGGAAGAAUCUGGCCGAGCCCAACAAGGACGGCUGGCUGCCGCUGCACGAGGCGGCCUACUAUGGCCAGCUGAGCUGCCUGCAGGCCCUGCAUCGAGCGUACCCAGCAACAGUCGACCAGCGCACCCUGCAGGAGGAAACGGCCCUUUACCUGGCAACAUGCAGGGGACACCUGAACUGCCUCCAAUCCCUGCUUCAAGCUGGGGCCGAGCCCGACAUCUCCAACAAAUCCCGAGAAACACCUCUCUACAAAGCCUGUGAGCGCAAGAACGUGGAGGCAGUGAGGAUUCUGGUGCAGUACAACGCGGACACCAACCAUCGCUGCAACCGAGGCUGGACGGCUCUGCAUGAGUCUGUUUCUCGUAAUGACCUGGAGGUCAUGGAGAUCCUGGUGAGCAGAGGUGCCAAGGUGGAAUCCAUGAACGCCUACGGCAUCACCCCCCUGUUCGUGGCUGCCCAGAGCGGGCAGCUGGAGGCCCUGAGGUUCCUGGCCAAGCACGGUGCUGACAUCAACACGCAGGCCAGCGACAGCGCGUCGGCGCUCUACGAGGCCUGCAAGAACGAGCACGAGUCAGUGGUGGAGUUCCUGCUGUCGCAGGGCGCCGACGCCAACAAGGCCAACAAGGACGGCAUGCUUCCGCUCCACGUCGCCUCCAAGAAGGGCAACUACAGGAUCGUGCAGAUGCUGCUGCCGGUGACCAGCCGCACGCGCGUGCGCCGGAGCGGCAUCAGCCCGCUGCACCUGGCGGCCGAGCGCAACCACGACGAGGUGCUGGAGGCGCUGCUGGGCGCGCGCUUCGACGUGAACGCGCUGCUGGCGCCCGAGCGCGCGCGUCUCUACGAGGACCGUCGGACCUCUGCGCUCUACUUCGCCGUGGUCAACAACAACGCGUACGCCGCCGAACUGCUGCUGCAGGGCGGCGCCGACCCCAACUGCGACGUCAUCAACCCCCUGCUCGUGGCCAUCCGCCAGGGCUCCCUGCGCAUCAUGCAGCUGCUGCUGGACCAUGGCGCCAACAUUGAUGCCUACAUCGCCACGCACCCCACCUCCUUUCCCGCUACCAUCAUGUUCUCCAUGAAAUACCUGUCGCUGCUCAAGUUCCUCAUGGACCUCGGUUGCAAUGGCGAGCCCUGCUUCUCGUGCAUGUACGGCAACGGCCCGCACCCGCCCGCACCCGCCCCUUCCAGCAGGUUCAACCACGUGCCGGCCAGGGACAAGGCGCCCGGCGUGGUCCAGUUCUGCGAGAUCCUGUCUGCCCCUGAGAUGAGCCACUGGGCGGGGCCCAUCAUCGAUGUCCUCCUGGACUAUGUGGGCAACGUGCAGCUCUGCUCGCGGCUGAAGGAGCACAUUGACAGCUACGACGACUGGGCUGUCAUCAAGGAGAAGGCAGAACCUCCAAGACCUCUGGCUCACCUUUGCAGGCUACAAGUUCGAAAGGCCAUUGGGAAAUACCGUAUAAAACUCCUGGACACGUUGCCACUCCCAGGCAGGCUGAUUCGAUACCUGAAGUACGAGAAUACCCAGUAACUGGGGCACGUGGAGAAGGAGUAUUCCUCAAACUGUUCCACUAAAUCUCAGGAUGGCAGUGUCCCCAAAUCCAGAGGGACCUGGUGACAAACGAGGCUGUGGGCUGUUCCCACUGAGCUGGGGCAGCUACGGGGACCUCACCAGGACUCUGGGCCAGAGCGGUGUCCAGAGCAGAGAACGGAACAUGUCAAGUAGGAAGAAAAUCGUGUUUAUUCUCGAAAGGAAGAGUAGAUCCCAGACCUUCUCUGCCAUCAGGAACGGCAGGAACCUCCAUUCCUGGGGUGGGGAGGCGGGCAGGGAACAACUCGGGCAGGCCGUGCUGGAGCGCUCCCGGGGGGGAGUCUCUGCCUGGACAACCCUGCACAGCUGGCUCCUGUCCCUGCUCUGCUCUGCGAACCUUUCCACUGGAUGUCUGAGCUUCCUCCCCGAAGGUGUGGCCGGGUGGGGGUGGGGAGACCCUCAGUCCCAGACGGCUUCCCUAAGUACAAUAAAUGUUGCUCAGACGCCCCCUCGCCCAGUGCAGUCCCUCUCACUAGACACCCCCAGGGCCUGGGGUCCUCGGCCCUGCUCGUGGUGGGACUAGGGGUGCAGCAGGGGCUGGGCACAGGACACACAGACCCCUGAACAAG